CUGAAAUAAAGACUUUUUAAACGGAAAUGGAUCCACUUUUCAUUACAACCGAUUAUCCAAGCAACUGGACCAACGAAUCCUUUGAAACGAACAACACUGAGAUUUACUGGAACCAGUUUGUGCAACCAGCUUGGAGAAUAGUACUGUGGGCGAUAGCGUAUUGUUCAAUAGUCGUCGUUUCAGUCGUGGGCAACGUCGUUGUUAUAUGGAUCAUUAUGGCGCACAAACGAAUGAGGACGGUGACUAAUUAUUUCCUUGUGAACUUAGCAUUUGCUGAAGCAUCUAUGUCGGCAUUCAACACUGUCAUAAACUUCGCCUACGCCGUUCAUAACGAGUGGUACUUCGGACUCGUCUAUUGCCGUUUCCACAACUUCUUCCCGAUUGCAGCUGUCUUUGCCAGUAUCUAUUCAAUGACAGCUAUUGCACUUGACAGGUAUGUGGCAAUUAUUCACCCACUCCAGCAGAGGAUGUCAGCAACAGAGACCAAAGUAGUGAUUGGAGUGAUCUGGGUCCUGGCUCUGCUUUUGGCUUUCCCGCAAUAUUAUUAUUCCAAUACGGAUGAGCUGCCAGGACGCGUGGUCUGCUACAUUGACUGGCCUGAAUACACCAUCUGGAAUUUCAAAAAUAUGUACUAUGUGUGUGUAGCAGUGCUGAUUUAUUUCCUGCCUUUGCUGGUGAUGGGUUGUGCCUAUCUGGUGGUGGGUCUAACUCUAUGGGCGAGCGAGAUUCCUGGUGAUUCGUCUGACCGUUACCAGGAACAACUGGCGGCUAAGCGCAAGGUUGUGAAAAUGAUGAUGGUGGUGGUGUGUACUUUUGCUGUGUGCUGGCUGCCGUAUCACGUCUACUUUCUCUUAUAUCAGUUCCACAGUCAUCUCUUUGAAAGAGCAUUUAUACAGCAAGUCUAUCUGGCCAUAAUGUGGUUAGCCAUGAGCUCCACCAUGUACAAUCCUAUUAUCUACUGCUGCCUGAACGACAGGUUCCGUGCGGGCUUCAAACAAGCGUUCCGCUGGUGUCCCUGCGUUGUUCCCAGUUCUUACGAGGGUCUAGAACUCAAAUCCACCCGGUACCUCCAGACCCAGACCAGUAUUUAUAAGGCCAGUCGCAUUGAGACCACGGUUUCCACGGUGACACAACACUGUGAGGAGGUUCCAGGCGUGGGGCCAUCAGGAACCCGCCGUCCCUCGCUGGACCUGACAUCCAACGGUUCCUCAUCCCGAAGUAUUUCUAAAACCGUGUCUGAGACUUCCAGCUUCUACUCAAGCAACAACCUGGCAGAUUAGAGUGCAUUCACCGAGACCCCCGCCGAGGACAACUGCCCUGAGCCUGUGGAGUGUGUGUGUGUGUGUGUACCCAUACUACGUGUGUUGAAUAACUAAGAAACAGGAUGUAGAAUAGCACCCGUCAAAAAAACAAAAGACUGAGGACCCCCCCCUGAACAUGU